GCACGCGGCAGGGCCGAGCUUCCCCAGCCUCCCUCCGCGGGGCCGUCCAGCUACAGGUUCCUGCCGGCGGGAAGAAGCAUCCUUCCCUCCCUCCUUCUCUCCCUGCCAUCCCGCAGCUCGGCUCCGCAGCCCCGGCCGGCUCUGCUCCGGGCUCAGCAGCCCUGGCGGUGCACGGGACGCCUCCCCGGGGGAGGCGGAAAAACUGAAAUGAAAGACAGAGGGGGGAAAAAGCGAGUCUCCGGCCGGCUCCUUCCCGGCGCUGGGCAGGGCGAGCAGCCCGGUGGGGCAGGCGCGGGGCGGCUCUCGCCGCUCGGGGAGGGCUCUGAUUCAUCACCCCGCUCGGAGGAGAGGAUGGGACGCCGCUGAAGUCCCCUUUCUCCCUCCUCCCUUCCCCUCUCCGCCAGGCAAGCCCCCCCCUCUCCUCCCCCCUCCGCCGCUCUUUCUCUUUCCCCAAGCAGUGAGGCUCGGACGGCGCUCUACUCCGGCGCUUUAUUCCGAGAUGCUCGGCCAAGGUCUUUGCAGAUAGAUUUUAUCUGAAGUUAAAGAGCAGGCGCCCGCCGCUCCCUCGCCGAUAAGGCAUUUUUAAUAGAGACAAAUCGCCCUGGACGCCCCGGAGCGCCGCUGCCGCCGCUCCUGCCCGCGCCCCCCGCCGAAGGCGAGCGGGCAGCCCGGGCAGCUCCCUCCUCCCGUAAGUGUCCUGCUCGGCUGUGUGCGGAGAAGGGGAGGCGAGGGGGGGACGGACAGCCUGCCAGCCGCCCCGCCACCGCCGGAUGCCCAGCGGCCGCGGGACGGCCCGGCGCGGAGCGCGGCCAGGAGAUGCGCAGGGGCGGCGGGCUGCGCCGCGCCGCUCGGCCCCUCUAGGCUCGCCCAUGGAACGCCCCGCGGAGCCCCGGCUGCCGUCGGACCCCCCACGCCGCUGGUGAGAGCUCCGCUCGUUCUGUAAAGUGGAUGUCAGGUGGAUCUAUGUUCUGGAAGGAACAAAGAGGCAGCGAAGGCAGCGCGGGGGAAGUUUGAGCGGCGAGGAUGCAGGCUGUGUACUGGUACGCGGUCCUUCUGCUGCAGCCCACCCUCUACUUGGUUACCUGUGCAAAUUUAACAAAUGGAGGAAAAACAGAACUUCUAAAAUCAGGAAGCUCCAAAUCCACACUAAAGCACAUAUGGACAGAAAGUAACAAAGACUUAUCCAUCAGCCGACUGCUGUCACAGACUUUUCGUGGAAAGGAAAAUGAUACAGAUUUGGACCUGCGAUAUGAUACCCCAGAAACUUAUUCUGAGCAAGAUCUCUGGGACUGGCUGAGGAACUCCACAGACCUGCAAGAGCCUCGACCCAGAGCAAAGAGACGGCCCAUUGUCAAGACUGGGAAAUUCAAGAAAAUGUUUGGCUGGGGUGAUUUCCAUUCCAACAUCAAGACUGUGAAGCUAAAUCUGUUAAUAACGGGGAAAAUUGUUGACCAUGGCAAUGGGACGUUUAGCGUUUACUUCAGGCAUAACUCCACUGGUCAAGGGAAUGUAUCUGUGAGCCUAGUGCCCCCUACAAAAAUAGUGGAAUUUGACUUGGCACAACAGACAGUGAUUGAUGCCAAAGAUUCCAAGUCCUUUAACUGUCGAAUUGAGUACGAAAAGGUUGACAAGGCUACCAAGAACACACUCUGCAACUAUGACCCUUCAAAAACCUGUUAUCAGGAGCAGACCCAGAGCCAUGUGUCAUGGCUCUGCUCCAAGCCCUUUAAAGUAAUCUGUAUUUACAUUUCCUUUUAUAGUACAGAUUAUAAACUAGUACAGAAGGUGUGUCCUGAUUACAACUACCACAGUGACACACCCUACUUCCCUUCAGGGUGAGGAUGAACACGUGUCUGAGACUGAAGCCUGGGGAAUAAAAGAGGUCAUAUGACAGGGCUGUAACCUCAAGGAGGAAGGCCACAUCUAUUGCCUGGAAUGUGUCUACCUGCUGCUGCUGAUGUCAAAUGGCUGCAAAUAUGUUAAUGGAAAACAAUCUAAUGUAAUUUUUACCCAGCCAGCUCCAUGUAUCAAUCUAGUUGUAAAUCACUAUGGAUUUAAAAUAAAACCAUACACAUACACAGAGACACAUACUCUUCAGCUCACAUCUAUUGAGAUUCCUGUUAAGGGAGAUUUCAUUGUCUGAUAUCUAAGGUUUCAAGAUAACCUGUCAUCAAGCAAAAUGGAUUAACUAGACAGAGAAUAGUUUCUAACACAGACUGUUAUGGAAAUCUCUUUGAAAAUCCUUUGAAUACAUGCCAAUCAAUAAUCCCCACUCAUGCAUUCUACUGCUUGGAGUAGCUGUACUGGUAAAUAAUACUGUAGGAGUAAAUACUUGUUAAAAUGGGAGAAAUGUGUGUCUAGCAUUCACUAUUCCUUAUUACAAGAACACAGCAAAACAUCAUGACUUUUUUUCCAGCAUACAGUAGGCACAUUCGAGGUGGCGUUAGGUGGCUCUUUUUCCAUGGAAUGAGCCUGUUACUAGUAAAGAUGGGCAAACAUUUGGAAUUUACAUGUGGGCAGACAUUCUGGUUUCAUGUUUCUCUGACUCUUUAUGUUCUGAUUCUUUAAACCUGGUUGAGUUUAGGCAAGCUAAGCUAUUUUAAAACCCUUCAGCUGAUUUCUAGGAAGGAAGAUGCCUGGCGGAGAACAUGUAAGUUAUAAGUGGCUGUCUUAUCUUUAUUACAAAAUAUUGUAACAAAUUCAAUAUCCUAGUCUUCAUUUGUAUGAAUGGUUUGUAUUGUACAUAAUUUAACCAGUGUUAUUUGAGCUGCUUAUUAAUAUUAACUUGUAAUUGUCUCUCUGCUUGUUAUUGGUUAAAAACAAUCAAGGAAAUGAGGAAUCCAUUUUAUCAAUGUAGCUGUAAACUCCAUUAAAAGACAGAACUAUGUACAAAGCAUUUAUUCAGCUAAAGUAUUGUUGAAAGCUAUACAUAUACAACAUUACAGUCUGUCUGUAUUUAGAUAUUUUAUUUCCAGACAAAAAA